UAGCUGGGAGAGGUUCAAGGAGGGGAUGCAGAGGAAAUACCGCCUGGGAGACGGGUUGUUGACUACCAUGGACCUUGAAGCGAUGAACAAAGAGAAUUUUACGACUAUAGGGGCCUUUGUUCAAGAAUUUAAGAAGAGGUCGCGGAAGGUCCAUGGGAUUUCGGAGGAAGCACAGUGCGCCAUCGUCCUGGGGCUACUCACAACAUUGGAGGCCGUCGAAUUGACGAGACAUAGAGGAGGUAGCACUAAGCUCACCUGGGCCACCAUUGACAGAGGGGUGGAAGUUGGGUGCUUGGACCAGGUAGAACAACGUCAGGUGCGCCUGCAAAGACAGAAGAGAAAGGAAAGAGAUGCGACCGCUUCUGGGACCCCAGGAAUAACAAGGAUUGUUACAGACGUAUUGGCACAGCUAGGGUAUGCGACAGAGCCGGUGGUGCAAAGGAGGGUGGUGACGACUGUUGAAGUAAAAGGAAAAGAGUCAGUGAUAGAGGAGGCUGGUCAGGAGGAGCUCUGGGAAGAGGAAGAGCCCGUGCCGCAACACCUGACGAAGGUCCAGCGCAAAGAGAAACCACCGUUUGGAGUGGAAGAAGUGGGGAGCGAUGAGGAAAUGACUCAAGGGCUGCGAGGAGGAAGUGAGACGGAAGAGGCCAUAAUCAUCGAGUCAGAUGACGAGGAUGAGGAGGAAAGAACGGAGCCUCUAUCCGUCUUAUUUGAGAAGAUGAAGAACUUGCUGGAUAAGAUGGGAAGGUACCAACAAAAGUUGGUAGGCCUCUGUGAAGGAGUGAAAGGAUGGAAGUCUAAUGUCCCCACAUUAUUCCUCUAUGACUUCGGCCCGGAGUCAGCGCCUGGGCGACCCGGAGUAAAUGUGGUGGGGUCGUGCCCUCAACCAGGAAUGAGGGGGAGACCCCUCACUCUGCAGGCCCGGCUGGCACAGGUAGCGCGAACGAGGAAUCAAGCCAAGGCCAGUACCAGCCAAGAGCCUCCAAGGGGGGAACACGAACCAGGGAGAAGGAAAGAGGCUGUGGAAGUAGAGGACGACGAUGACGAAGAGGAAGAGGACGAGAGGCUGCGCAGAGAAGAAGAUCAGAGAGCGGAGCAGCGGGCAAAGAAAAAGAGAACCAGGGGAGAGGCCGAACCGGUCAUACAUGACGGACCGCCCAAAAAGAAGAAAUACGCGGUCCGAUUGGAAGAGGGAUUUGAUGUAGAGAAGGUGAUUGACCGGCUGCUGGAAGGGCAUAAUGACCUCAUGACCCUGAAGGAAAUCCUAGCGUCAGCCCCGCAACUCCGCGAUGAACUGAAGGGGAGGUUAUCACGGCGCCUGGUGUCCAAUGUCCAUCUUGGUACGAUCCUGCCCAAGGAGGCAGAGUGGGCAGAGUCAGGUACGAAGAUGGACUGGAAGUGCGUAGCCUGCGGUACGGUGGAUUUGAUGGUGAAGGGUUCCAAGUGCGCAGCAAUGGUGGACACCGGGGCAGAGAUGAACAUUAUUCGGGAGGCGGACGCGAUCAGAUUCGGGCUGGAUAUAGACCGUUCUGACUGCGGUAUUCUGCAUGGAGCCAGCUGUAAGGCCAUGUUUUGCGGGACAACCUCGAAUGUGCUCGUCGAGGUUGGAAGGAUCAGGGACAUGGCACGAGAUUGGGAGAGCUGCAGGGCACAUUUGAGAGAGGCCUUUCGACAGCCGGAGCUCCCUCAGCCCAGAGUCGAGAGGCGGCAGAGGAGUCAGAGGCUGAGGGACCCUGAGCCCAGGGAGGCGAGACCAUCUCGAGGAGGACGGAAGGCCCUAGCCAUGAGAGAGCAGGAGCCAGAGGAUGAGGAGCGAGGGGCAUACCCUGAGUGUGGGUUGGGGCCAGUGGAGUUCCAUCGUUUUACUGAGGGUGGAUUGAGGAGGUCGCCAGCACACACACAGGGGGAGCCACCAGCGUCAGAGGGGCCCUUGAGGAAAUUGGAGAUGCAUUUAGAUAUUUCUCAGUGGAGGGCGUCGCUUCAAGGUGAGGAGCAUGGAGAGCAGGCAGAGGAGGUGUCACGAGAGGAGGUGCCACGAGAGAAGGUGCCACAGGGGGAGAUACCACGAGAAGAGAUGCCACGGGAGGAGGUGCCACAGGAAGAGGUCCAGGGUACUCAGCAAGAGAGAGGGCUGGGCGAUGAGUGGAGACGUGAAGGGAAGGAAGUGAUAGACAUUGGAGAGGACACGCCCCCACAAACGCCAGCAGUGGGUUUGAGACUCGGGGGUGCACCAGGGAGCACCCGGCAGGCAAAGGAGGGAUUGCAGAGAGAGGAGACCCCUUUACCUUCGUCAGAAAAGGCUCCUUCGCCAGAAGGGAGGGCAGAAAGGAGGAGAGAGAGGGCAGCUGUAAGGAGAGAAGCUUUGAUCCUGAUUGAUAGGCACCUAGCAGCUCAUGCCCUGGAGCACCCAGACCUGGAGGAGCCAGCACCUGCAGAGCCACACCAGGAGUCAUGCCAACCCGAGAAGGAGAUGGAAGCAGAGAUCCCAAAGAGGGUCGACCUCCGCACGAGGAAAAGGGUGCCAGCUGGAGAGACGGCUGAAGAAAAGAGGGCGAGACGAACCAGGCGGAUAGAUGAGAUAUGGCAGGAGAGGCAGAGGUUGGAGGCAGCGGGGGAGCUCCCGGAGCAGCAGCAGGAGAGGCAGAGAUCGGAGGCAGCAGGAGCACUCCCGGGUCAACCACCCAGCGCACCAGCUAGGGCCCCAGAGAUCCCUGAGAUAUGGAGGGACUUCUGGGAGCAGAGAGGAGAGGAGCUUCCAUCGCCAGAACUUAGGGCUUUGGUGGCCAGCCAGGCAGCUAUCAUUGAGAGCCUGAGGCAGCAAACCCAGGGAAAGGCGGACAGACCAGAGAGCAGCCGGCRGGGAGAGCAGAGGCAGCCARGACAGGGAUUGCCAGGACAGYCAUCUGCGACAGAGCCUCGCCAGGAGCCACCUAUGGGGAGGGUUAUCCUGGAAUCAGAGGAGGCGAGAGCACAGAGGCAGGCGGAGAGAGAGGCGUUCGAGUUCAGAGCCCCUACCGAUCUCGCGACACUGCCAGUAGCAGCGGCAGGCCCAGUCGUACCUUUGGCAGUAGAGGAGGGGCUGCCACCAUCUAGCAGUGAGCCGGCUCAGGGCUCAGUAGAGGAAUCCAUCGACAUGCUCCUUGAGGCGCUGCAUACUAUGCGGGAGGAGGUGAGUUUGUUUUCACCUGAGCAGAAGAUAGAAGAGCCUCUUGAGAGAGAGAUGGGGAUUGAGGAGGAGGGUGCCAUCGAGGGCAGACUCCAGAGGAUGGGCACAUCUGAGUAUGGACCAGAGGAGAUUGAGGAGCAGCCCACGGCAGUGCCAGGGGCGACACUCGAGAGGAGGCCUCAGAGGUUGGACACGCCCGAGUACGUCCCAGCGACAGAGGAUUUGAGAGGCAGGCUAGGAUCUUGGGCUACUGGAUCUGGGUCUAGUGGACCGGUUCCUGGGACAGAGCAGCAAGAAGUCGUUAGUACCGCAACUCCUCGAUCAGAGCAGCAGGGGGGUGUCGGUACCUUGGUGGGAUCUCCUUCAUCGCCACCUCCUCAGCCCAGGAAGAAGAAAUUGAAGAGAAAGGUAGAUCGGCUAUGUUUUUACUGCAAGAAGAACGUGCAUCUGGCUUUGGACUGUCUCAAGUUUCUUGAGGAUAAGGCAGCAGGGAAGGUCUCAGAGGUAGGGGGUAAAAUAUAUAAUAGACAAGGUAGGAUAGUAGAGAAGUCCGCAGAUGGACUUAGGGCUCAGUUAUAUAGGCAAAACCAGGAGGAAUUGAGGAGGUAGGGUCGGUUUUGUCUAUAUAAGUGAGCGAGCAUUUUGUAAGGCAUCAACUUAGGUUCUUUGUAAUACCCUCU